GGGAGGCAGAGGUUGUGGUGAGCCGAGAUUGUGCCAUUGCACUCCAGCCUGGGCAAUAAAAGCAAAACUCCUUAAAAAAAAAAAAGACAGUAGGGUCAUAAGGGGAGGGUUGACUGUGUGUCCCUUCAGGUUGUGCAGAGGGGAUUAGAAGUAGGUUAGAGGGGAGGUGGAGGGAGUGUGCUGGGGUGUGAGCUUUUAUGAUGCUGAAUGGAUCAUGAUAUGCUAAGGAUAGGAUAGCGUUGGGUUGUACACACAGGUGUAGGCAGUUCUGGUGGCUAAUAUGUAAAAAUGAAUGUCCUGACUCCCUUAGAGGGCACCUGCAGAGUGCCCUUGGAGGGACUAGUGCUGGAGAAAUUAAUAGGAGAGGGACGGACAUCCAUUAACCUUUUCUUGCCUGCAGCCUGUAGGGUCCAGCAUCAAAGAGAAUCAUGGGGUCCAGGGCUGAGCUGUGGACUCUCUUAGGCGGAUUCUCCUUCCUCCUGCUACUGAUAUCAGGCGAGGGGACCAAGGGUGGAUUCCUCAGAGAGAGUCAGGGAGUCUGCUCCAAGCAGACACUGGUGGUUCCGCUCCGCUAUAACGAGUCCUACAGCCAACCAGUGUACAAGCCCUACCUGACCUUGUGCGCUGGGAGGCGCAUCUGCAGCACCUACAGGACCACGUACCGCGUUACGUGGCGGGAGGUGAGGCGGGAGGUGCAGCAGACCCAUGCAGUGUGCUGCCAGGGCUGGAAGAAGCGGCACCCAGGGGCGCUCACCUGUGAAGCCAUCUGCGCCAAGCCUUGCCAGAACGGAGGCGUCUGCGUUAGGCCUGACCAGUGCGAGUGCGCCCCCGGCUGGGGAGGGAAGCACUGUCAUGUGGACGUGGAUGAAUGUAGAACCGGCAUCACCCUCUGCUCGCACCGUUGUCUUAACACGGCAGGCAGCUUCACCUGCGGCUGCCCGCACGACCUAGUGCUAGGCCUGGACGGGCGCACCUGCACGGAGGGGUCCCCAGAACCCCCAACCAGUGCCAGCAUACUCAGCGUGGCCGUUCGGGAGGCGGAAAAAGACGAGCGCGCUCUGAAGCAGGAGAUUCGCCAGCUGCGAGGGCGCCUGGAGCGGCUGGAGCAGUGGGCCAGUCAGGCUGGGGCCUGGGUCCGAGCGGUGCUGCCCAUGCCGCCUGAAGAGCUGCAGCCAGAACAGGUGGCUGAGCUGUGGGGCCGGGGUGACCGCAUCGAAUCUCUCAGCGACCAGGUGCUGCUGCUGGAGGAGAGGCUAGGUGCCUGCUCCUGUGAGGACAACAGCCUGGGCCCUGGCCUCAAUCAUCGAUAAGAAGCCUCUACAGCACCCCUAAUUUAUACAGAAGCCAGACCCACUAAUCCUCUGGGAUUGGCCGACUGUGAGCUGCAGAUAAGGCUAUCAACCACCAAAGAGCAAUGAACAAUGGAAACUUCAGAGAGCUGAAGAAAGGGGGAGGCCUGUGUUCUUGGCCCAUCCCUGAGUCUUCUGGCUGGGGGCAGGUUGCCUGGGCAAGAACUGCUUCUUCGAUUCCUUAACAAAUGCAACCACCAAGCACCCAGAUCUUUCUCUCUCUUUAUUUUCAGUUUUUUGCUGUUAUCCAGAUAAUUAAUAAAAACCAACCACGCAAAA